AGAUGUGAUUUGCACCUAAACACCUGUACUCAUCAGCGCUGCGACGGUGAACAUCACAAUUUGUUAGUUGUUCGUCCCUUUUUUCCCCUUGGCGUUGGCGCACGUCGAUUUGGGGACGUCGGCGUGCUACGGAUCGACGAAAGCAUUGUCUUGAACGUUGCACGGCGUUGAGGUCAUAAAAGAAAAAGGCACUAGGAGAGGGGGAAUAGGAGCAUCGUGCUUCUCGUCUGUGUUGGCUACUCCCAAUUCUUUGUGACUUCAAAAAAGGAAGGCAUUUGUAACUGCAGAUACUGCCUCAAUUGUAUUAACCACAGUUGCUGAAAAAAGAAAACGAAGCUUGUGAGUUACGGGUGUGUAGCAGCAACACUCGCUGCCACGCAUAUAAGGGCUGUUGAAGCUCCUUUUUUUUCCCCCUUUCUUCUUUCCUUUUUGGUGCACAUACAUAUAUGUUUAGUUCAGAAUUGAAGUACGGGUCGCGCCUGCGCGUGUACCUGUGCUACGUUAGCUCUCAAGACGAUGCCAAUCCCGCAGACGGACUGUGCACGCAGGACAGGUACGCGCGCGGAUGGGUGUCUGGCAAGCACGUCUCCUACCCGCAAGAGCUCGGGUUUCGUUUUGACGGAAUCGUAACGGUUGAGUCGCUCCGCAUUUUGGCCAACGAGAGCAAAAUUUCCUCCUGCAUCGACGUUUACGUCGCAGAGCCGACCGCGCAAGAGGAGCAGACUGGGGUGUGCAGUCCUUACAACAAGGCAGUCUACAGGCGUCUCGGCCAUAUUCGUUUCUCGAACAACGCGGCGAGUGGAUACCGCGCGAGGGAGCUGAAGACUGUGGGCCUGCGGCGUCGCUGCACGUACCUCAAGUUGGUCUUGCGCAACCCGCACGUGAAUAGCUACAACAUGUUUCAGCAGGUGGGCAUUGUGGCGCUGACCGCGCACGGCAAGCUGCUCAAGACCAUGCAGGAGUGGAUGAGCACCCCUCUUUGCCUCCCAGUGGGCGAACGUAGCGUGGCGCCACUGGAGGAGAUGCUGCCACCGCCCAACGCAGACGCGUCCCCAAGUGGCGCCGUAUCGGUGCCCUCCACCAUCUUGCAGCGCGUGGCGGAGCUGAACGCGCUGAAGCAGAAGGCCGUGGCGGAGGAAGACUUCGACACCGCCGAGGCGUUGAGGCAGCAGAUCGCCACCAUUGACCACAACGAACGACAAAUUGCAAUGUUAAUGCAGGAGAAGCAGCGCGCCAUCGCCGUGGAGGAUUACCCGCAGGCAAAGCAGAUCAAACUGCGUAUUGAGGCGCUGAAGGCAGAGACCGAGAAGCUCGCCAACGACCACCUGGGAGCGGUAUUGUCGCCCCGAAGCGCCAACGCCGCCGCCGCGCCCUCAAAUGGCAGCGCCCCCUUUAGCGACAACAAAAAGCUGGUUUCAUCGAACGGAAAUGCCGGCUUCAGUCCCACGGCAGCGGCUGCGCAAGAGCCACGAGUGUCGCGAGACGGGGCUAACACACACGACGAGGUGGCGGUCGGCGGCAAGGGCUACUACGACUUCAGCGACGCCACGGGAGGUCUGCAGCAAACGAACGAUCACCGCGACAACGGCAACGAGGUUCCUCUGGCCGGGCGUGGGGAGGAGUGGGAGCGCAUCCUCAACGCCGCCAUCAAGAAAGUGUCCACCGUGAUGGGCGGGCCUUCCCCCCUCACAGGUGAUGAGGCGGCUGCCGCGAAGCCGUACACGGCCGACUUGGGCGAGUACUGUGUUGCCUGCCUCUUCAGCCGCAAGGGGCAGCAGCGCGAGGGUGCGUUGCGCGGUGUCGUGUCAAGCGACGGCGGCCGUGCGCUGGCCUCGCACAGUGAGGCGGCGUGGUCACAGUUGGUGCUGUACAUGUCGGAGAGGGGGCACGGAGUGGGCGACCCCGUCCCGGGCGCGGCAAUGGCGGCGUGCGGUGCGUUGGUAAAGAUUGUGCAGGGCAAGCUGCCUGGUGCGACGGCAACUCCGGUGGCGGAGGCGGUGGCGAAGGUGCUGCCGGAGCUGGUGGCGCGUAUGGGCGAGGCGAACACGCGGCUACAGGAAAGUGUUGAGAAGGCGCUUGUUGGCGUCGCGCGGUCGCCGUUUGGGCACCGCCGGGUGGUGGAACUGCUGCUGGUGGAUCCGGACAAACUGAACAGGAAGCCGGCGAGCUUCCGUGCCCAUGUGUCGCGCAUCAACCUCCUGAGCACCUUGGUGGACGAAUUCGGCCUCACCGCGGACAACCCAGACGGCCUCGACACACGCGUCCUGUGCACCUCAGUGCUCCUGCCCAGCCUCCAGCACUCCAAUGCCGAUGUACGCGAGGCGGCCAUCAAGCUGCUCGCCAAGCUGCUGUGCCUCGACCCCGGCUCCACCAGCGGCUACGUGCAGACCAUCAAACCUGCACAGCAGGCGCUUGUGGAGGAGCAACUGGAGCAGUACAAGGAGAGUCUGCUCACUGCCCACAGCGUCGCCCGCAAGGCGUCGGACAUACCGUCCGAUAGCAUCGCCGUGCAGCGGCGCUCUGGCAGCGGCACCGAGUCCUUCCUCCUGCACCAGCGUCCGACACCGCAGCGCCGCACCCCGGCGUCGUACGUGAUGGACGCCAACACCACCGCCGAGGACCUCAACUCGAAUGCCACCGCCGUAGAGCCGCCCCUGAAACCCGCUUCGGCUUCAAUCGGCGAAAUCGAAUACCGACGACUGCGUACGUGCCAGUUUUGCAACGAGUACAAUCCCAGCUUUAACGAGCACAACUUAGAUCUGCACUACGUGAGCGCGUGUCCGAUGCUCUGCCCGUGUCCGCUGUGUGAUCAGGUGACGGAGAUUUGCCAGCUGCAGCAGCACCUCGUAACGGAAUGCGAGAAGCGCCGGAUGGUGCGGGAAUGCCCGCGCUGCCACGAGGCGGUGCGAGCGGCGGACUUCAAUGAGCACGUGGCGGCAAAGAAGUGCAUUGAGGCAGUGCCAACGCACAGCGUCUGUCCGCUGUGCCACGAGCGUUUUAAGAGCGGCAUGGAAGGCUGGCGCCACCACCUGGCCUCCAGCCCCGGCUGUCCGAACAACCCACGCAAAUACGACGGCUCCGGAUUGGCCAUGUAA